GCGCGCUGGAAGCCCACCACCGCUUUAUCUACUUACUAUUCGCCUCUGCUCGGGCUGUCGGGCCUCGCAACCCGUCCCCAAAGCCGCCCUGCUGUAGUAGUGGGCCCAAAACAUGUUGGCCAUGUCGGCGCCCAGCGCCUCCAUGGGCCAGUCGUCCGCGCUGUCCAGCCGGUUGGCGGUCCCCAAGCAGCUCGCUGCUGGCAUGAAGUCGCGCAGCCACGGCGUGCAGCGGCAGGAGCGGCGUCAGAGGAAUAGCCAGGGCCGUGUGGUGAGCUGGCAGAUCACAGAAGUGAUGCGCCACGGAGGCGGCACCUCCACAAUCGAGCCCGUGCCCACCGCCAGCAUCACAUUCAAGACCCGGCGGCGCCUGCAGUUUGGGCAGGUGCUGAAGCUGGUGGGCAGCCACAAGUCCAUGGGCGCGUGGGACUGCGACAGGGCGCCAGCCAUGACGUGGGUUGAGGGCGACUACUGGCUGCUCACCCUGGACCUGCCGGCGGGCGAGCACGAGUUCAAAGUGGCGGCGGCGCACAGCGGCGGCGGCUGCAGCGCAGACUGGGAGUCGGGCCCCAACCGCGUGGUGCAGGUGCCCUAUGCUGAGGCUGCAGUGCGCGGCGCAUUCACCGUGGUGUGGGAGUGGGGUGACCCCAAGACCCUGGCCGAGGAGGAGCACGACAUGGAGGAGCUGAAGCAGCUGAUGGAGGCGCUGGAGCAGGGCUGGGCGGCCGGCGGCGGCAACGGCCAGCAGAGCGCGCAGCUGCAGGAGCUGAGCGGGGUGCUGGAGGCGGAGCGCAUUGCCAGGCGUGCCGCAGAGGCGGAGCGCGACGACCUGCGGCGCCAGGCGGAGGCCAGCGCGGCCGAGGCGGCGGCGCUGGUGCGCAACAGCACCACGCUGCGGGCCGAGUUUGAGCAGAUGGCACGCGAGCUGGGCAACACGCACGAGCUGCGGGCCCAGCUGCAGGCGGAGCGGGACGGCCUGUCCCGCGAGCUCAGCGCCUCGUACGAGCAGCGCACCGCGCUGCAGAAGGAGCGCGACGCGCUGGCGGAGCAGGUGUGGCGCGCCGGCGAGCAGAGCGCCAGCUUCCAGCCCGAGCGCGAGGCGCUGGAGCGGCGGCUGCGCAGCGCGGAGGAGCAGGUGGCGCGCCUGCAGGGCGAGUGCGACCGCCUGGGGCGCGAGCUGUGGACCGCCAACGAGCAGCGCGCGGCGCUGCAGUCGGAGCGCGAUUCCCUCAAGCACCAGAUGCACCACAGCAACGAGCCGUCUGGCCAGCUGCGCCAGGAGCGCGACGCGCUGGCCAACCAGCUGCGCACAGCGCGGGAGCAGCUGGAUGCGGCGCAGCGGGAUGUGCGGCGGCUGGAGGAGGAGUCGCGCAACUCGGGGCGCACCAACCACAAGGAGGUGCUGAAGAGCGCACCCGCCUCGCGUGCGCACACAUGUCGUGCCGCGCUGAGCGCGUUACUAACUAAUACUAAUACUAAUACUUACUAGUAGGUUGACCCGAAUUUCUGUCUUCUCCAGCGCUACCCUCUGAUCACUGCUUUCUUUGAAUCCGAUCAAUCCCAUGCGACCCACACCGAUUUUCCUUUGUACCCUGCCACAAGCCCCUACGGCCAUAACUUGGCUGGGCCCAUCUAGCCCCUUGCCUGUCCCCUGUCUCCGUCUGUCUGUGACCUAGCGUUCGCCACCCUGCGUGCACCUCUUGGGCCAUCUCUAUCGUUCUGGGGAUGCGGUUGCUUUGCCUUGGCACUCUACGUUGCUCCGUGUACAGAAUGAAGAAUGCAUGGCAUGUAAGCCACAACCGCGC